AUGGCGCGGUUCCGAACCCAUGUCCCACCCUUGGACAGCCCGUCCAAGCAGCUCAUGCUCGACCUUGUCCGCGAUCUCGAACAGGUCAAAAUUUUUGACGCCGACCUGAAAAAGGUUCACCAAUAUGAGAGAAAAUUGUUCUACGAAAAUCUCGACCGGAUCGACAGUGAGCGUGAAGCGGUCCACACAGCUGCUCUCGACCAGGCCGCCGCCUUCCACGAUAGCGUCCGCGAGGAAGCGGAGACGACGUUGAAAGACCACCUCCGCGCUGAAGAGCAGGAGCGCCUGCGGAAGGAGGAAGCGAUCCGCAAGGAACAAGAACGGGUCGAACGCGAGAACGCUGAAAAAUUACGCCGUGAACGGGAAGCAGCUGCGCGCGCUGAGGCCGAACGCCAAGCCAAAGAGCAGGCCGAGAAGAAGGCUCAGGAGGAAGCGGCUAAGAAAGCCGCCGCCGUUGAAACUGCACGCAAAGCCGCGAUUGAGGAGAAACUCCGCAAGGAACGCGAGCAGGCCGACGCCCAGAAGCGCAAGCAAGAGGAGGAGGCUCGGAAGGUACAGGAAGAGGCCGACCAAAAGGCCCGCAGCCAACAGCAGCAGAAACUCGGUGGUGGGAACCUUUCGCCUGAAGAUAUCCGAGUGCAGAAACGUUACGUUGAGCUGCAUAAGACUCUCAAGGACAUGCGCAAGUGGCUCAAGGAUCUCGGCCAAACCCAGCCUGACCUCAAGGCUACCAUGGGCAAUUUACGGCGCUCGAUCAAGAAAUCUGUUGGUCAGCUUCGAUCUGGCACCGGCGCCAACAAGCAGCAGGUACGAAACCCCACUCCCCUCAUUGGAUGCCGUUGUUUAGAUACUGAUUAUCUGAACCCAACCCAGAUUAUUCAACUCAAAGCCGAACUUGAAAAGGCUCUUGCCUAUUCUGAACCAACAGUGGAUAUCCGAAACUUCAUCGCAUUCCCGUCCGAGGAGAUUGCACAGUCCGAACACAAGGUACCGGCAAUGCUUAUCUACGGACUGAACAUUGUUGCGAAGAGCUUGAUUUCCUCUCUCCUGGCCGAAGCUUCUAUUAAACAAUCCCACGCUGAGCCAAUCGGCAUCAUCGCCGCUCAGAUCUUCUCUUUCGAAAACUUCACAUACCAAGGAGUGCACAUGUCCGACAUCAUAUGGGCCAAGUACCGUGUUGUUUGCCCCGCUCUGUGGGGAUUCACAGGCAACGACAAGACUGAAGGAGGCCGUCGUGCCGUGGGCUGGUGGCGUUCACCAGACACUGGCUCAUGGGUCACCGAGGAAGUUCACAUGGAUCGCAUGACCGCUCUUGGUGCGGGUUAUGCUGCCAUGACUCUACGAAAUUUCGCCAAAUCACCACGCCGGAACCCAUUCCCUAACACCAUGUUCUGGGAGGCUAUUCACAAGAUCUUGGCUAUUCCACCUUCAGAAUUGCAGGAGACCCAGGUUGCCCUCCUGGCAGCCCUCCUCCGAUCUUCGGGCGAGAGGAUUCUCGGAUUCUUCGGUCAGUAUGGACUGGCCCUCAUGCACUAUGUCAUUGUCGACCUUCCCCGCAAGCUUCAGCGGGAGACCAUGGCUGUGACCCAGUUGAGCACCCUCAGGGAGCUCUAUCUGAAGGAGAAGAAUUUUGCGUUGUGA